AUGUCCUUGAAGGAAAUUGCAAAAAAGAAGGUUGUUGCUCGCGGAAAGCGUAAAAUGGAGACAAGAAAUGGGUCGAAGAGUACAAUAUGCUAUCAUGUUGAGCUUGGACAUGAUGUGGAUUCUUCAUCGGGUCAUUUUGAGACUUGGCGGCUUACACAUUGGGAUGAAGAAAAAGGUUGGAAAUCUACAGAUAUGGUUGCAAAAUAUGAAGAAAUGAAAAAGAUGAGAAACGAGCAUUCCUUGGAAUCAAUGAGUGACAAGUUAAUUCUAGAGAAGGUACUUGGACGAAGCUCUGUUCGUUUGUUCGGGUUGGGACGUGAUCCUGUUGUCGCUGCUUGUGUUAUUGCACCACCUUUUGGCAACAUACUUUUGAUCCAAGUUGAAGCUAGACAUCCAAACGAAUACUCGAAUCGCAAACUUGCGUGGAACCGGAAACCACACGAACCAUUCUCAACCCGAAUAACUCUACGCGACAAAACUUGUGUUAUUGCACCACCUUUUGGCAACAUACUUUUGAUCCAAGUUGAAGCUAGACAUCCAAACGAAUACUCGAAUCGCAAACUUGCGUGGAACCGGAAACCACACGAACCAUUCUCAACCCGAAUAACUCUACGCGACAAAAGUAACUAA